CUUAUGUUUGCAGUGCAUCAGACAAAGAGCAAACAUAAGCCUUUGUCAAACGAAACUUCUACAGAUGGAGGACACUUUGACGUCGCGGGUCGCGACUCUUCUAGAUCUGGCUUUUCGACUGCAUACCAGAUAGUCAGCCUUCAGUCGAGUCAAUCUAUCCGAAUAUUCAGGAGAGCCGAUCCGUUCUCAAAUUUGUCAAUUCUGGUACUCUCAUGUGCCCGAAAUCGAAGUAUCGGGGGUGGACACCACCUUUGCCAGUUUCGAAGGAAGCGACUGCAUUGACUGAACUUUGCCACGAUCGCGGAGGUCUGGCCUCUUUGACUGAUCACACAACACUUGAGCUUACAGAAUUCUCCAUAUACCGCCCAGAUCACAGUGCCAUUCACCCGGCUGAACUUGAGCCUUUGCAUAUUUUGCGAGUUAAGGAUGGGGUCAAUGAACUACUGUUCGAUGGAGUGAUCUCGUGUGGUAAAGAACGACGAUACGUCAAAGGCGUCUCGUUCAGCAUUCGAGCUGUUGAGGGCUACGGCGACCUAACGAGACAUUCCGUGGAUGAUUCCGUCUACAUACAAACUAUUCAAGCGAAGGCGUGUAACGUUUGGUACCGUUUGCAGAUACCCUCACCAGAAUACCGAUUCUAUCAUGAAACCUUUCUCUGGAUUGCAAACCUGGGUAAGCACGUUAUUGAUUAUCUGGAGAGUCACGAGUAUGAGGACGUGAGCCUUAUGCACUUCAGACGAGAGUUUUAUGACUGGAUGGUCUCUCAGCAUGGUGAAAUUCCGCAGUUUCGAGCAUGGCUCUCAGAGUAUGGGAAGACCGAUUACCGGAUUCCAAUUAAUGCAUACUCUGACUGGCUAUGGAAUGAAGCAGUCGAUAUUGAGCCGGAGAAUGCUAACAAGAGAUUGUGGACUGAAAUCCUGCCGGAGCGACUUUCGGCUAUAGAGUCGAACAUUGUACCUUCAGCUCGCCCGGAGCACACCAAAGUAACCCCCUUUGCAUAUCGGUGCUUCAAAAACGCAUAUUUCGCUGAGUUUCUCCAACCAACUGAAGCAGUCCCGGACGUGUUGAACUCUAAAAUGUUGCGAGCUAAACAGUUGGGAUUUGCAAAUGAUAGCGGAAAGUAUGCUAGAGAGACACCUACGGGUGUGACGAUUGAGAAAGAGCAGAUCCGAGUAGGUGAUGUGGUCGGUACACACCAAGAUGGCGGCGGGAGAUGGGAUCGAUCUACAGCAACCUGGUUCGCUUUUGUGCAAAACAUUCGGACCGUUCGUCGCAGAUUAGUGCUUGACGUUAUCUGGAUUUACCAUCCCGUCGACAUCCUCUUUGUCGACUAUCCUAUCAAGAAUGAGCUUUUCUUCUCUACAGACUGCAACUGUAACGAGGCACCCUUCUACGCUGAGGAGGUCACUUGCAAAAUUGAUGUCUUAUGGCACCCUAAAAGUGUACAAACAAAGCGCUACUUUAUACGACAGAAAUUCGAUAUUCAUAAUGAAGCAUUUGUGUCAUUCAAAAACUCGGAUCGUAUUUGCCAGUGCCGGAAAGAAAAGGAACGUUUAUCAGUCUAUACCAAAAUCACCUCAGAGUACUGCCUAGGAGACACCGUCCUUGUCGCGUGUAACAGUGACUCGAAUCGCGAGAGCCAAGAACCGCUAGAGAAUCAAGAAUCUCGACUUGAGCCUGUGGCAAUCGAAUCUUUCGAUGAUGAAACAGAAAUGGUCCUAGUUCGCAGAUUUCUUCGCAGGCAAGAAGUGUCUGUUCCAGGCGAGCGGGCACGGUCGUUUCCAAUCCAGGCAAAUGAGGUCGUGGUUUCUAAAGAGCUUUUGAAUGUCAAAGCAGAGGAUAUUAUACGGCGCUGCCACGUUCGCAAGUUUCCUUUAGAGACUAUAAAUGCUUCCGAAAUCCCGACCCCAUACGAUAGAAAUGGUGUUGGCGACUGCUUCUACGUCGCUUCAGAGACAUCUCCAUAUAAUUACAAGGAAGGUCCCGAGUUUGGUAGUAUCGGAAGUCAGAGUUUGCCUGGGAUAAGUCUUUUUUGCGGCGGAGGCUCAUUUGACCGAGGGCUUGAAGAAGGAGGCGCAACUCAUACACGCUACGCUAUCGACUACGAAACGAAAGCGUUGCAUACCUACCUCGCCAACCUCACUCUUGAAGAUGAAAUCCAACUAUAUCUCGGAUCUGUCAACACGUAUCUAGCCGAUGCACUUGCUGGUAAAGGGCGGAAAUCGAGACUCAUUGCAAAAAUCGGCGACAUAGAUUUUUUCUGCGCCGGCAGCCCUUGUGUUGGGUUUUCUACAGCUCAAUUGAACAAGCACAGCCCCUCUUCCAAGCAGAAUGCAUCACUCGUUGCAAGCGUCUUAUCAUACAUCGACUUAUAUCGACCGAGAUAUGGAGUUUUGGAGAAUGUGGUACCCAUGGCCAGCACGAGUAAAGAUCUCAAGGUUCCCAGUAUCUUCAGUCAACUGUUCUUCUCGGUUGUUGCACUAGGCUAUCAAGUACAAUGCUAUAUCCUAGACGCGUGGUCUUGCGGUGAUCCACAAUCGCGCUCACGUUUGUUCAUCACCUUUGCUGCUCCUGGUCUAACCUUGCCGCGCGUCCCCCAACUCACCCACUCACACUACCGAGGACAAAGGAACGUAGGACUCGGAGUCUACGCGAAUGGCCAGAAGUUUUGUGCCAGACGAUGGGAGCCCACCCCCUUCAAAUUCACGUCCGCGAAGGAGGCAACGAGGCAUUUGCCGGACAUUGGCAACGGAAGAAUUGGGUUCUGCAUGUCCCACCCUGACCACCGACUCGUGACGCAACUGAAGCUCUUGAAGAGGGUGCAGAUAUCGAUGAUACCAACCACGCCGUUUGGCUCCUGCCUCGCCAGUGCAAUGAAACUUGGCCUUAUUCCCGAACCACAGAUUAAUAUAAUAAAAAAUUCCACCCUUCGUAGGCAGGCUGAAAACUCGAAAGCAUUCGCACGAGUCAACCCUGACAAACUUUUCUCGACCGUCAUGACUAGACAAGCUUGCGACGAUGCUCAUGGUGGCGCUUCGCUUCACUGGGACCAACACCGGCUUCUGACUGUCGAGGAAGCGAAGAUUGCGCAGGGAAUUCCGGCGAACGAGGUAAUCAUAGGACGUCCGGCCAUGCAAUACAAGAUAAUAGGCAAUGGAGUCGCUAGAGGUGUCUCUGUGGCCAUAGGAUUGACAUUCCGCGAAGCAUACGCUGCCAAUGGACCAGACUUUCCGGUGCCCCUUUCACGCUUACAGCACGGAUCGAAAGUGACGAUGUCGACCGAGACCACAGUCACAAGGACUAGGGUCACGGAGUCCAACGCAAUAUCGACCAAAAAGACGUCGAGCUACAGCUUGGUCAUAGAACGAGAGACUGUACCUACUGUGAACCUUCGAGCAAUUUCUGAAACGCCGUCAGCCUCAACAAUCAGUCCGGGAAAAGAGACCAACCAAAACGCACACUCAACCCGGACAUCAUCUCCAAAGCGUGUCCUUGUGAAUAUGUUGGAUAGACUGGACUCGACUUCUAUCGCGCAGGAUGAAGGAUUUGACAGCCGCGCCACAGAGUUGUUCAUGGGCUCGUAUUUGCCCGGAAACGUACUCCCCUCAGCGGUAGGCAGAAGGAGAUUAUCACAUGUGGAGAUAAUACAGCACAGUGAGAGAGAGAGAAAGAAGGUACGGCGGGAGGGAUAAGUGACAGUGCAGUAGUUGCGGUCGCAGUAAGUCAAGGUACCAGCUUUGCGUGUUUCGCUUUCACAGUUGCAUCGCUGCAUAUAUACACCUGUUGUAUUCGAGCAUAUAUCAGACUUCUCCUAGCGUCAUCAAAUUCGCUCGCAUAUUCGUAUUAGCAGUUCAGAUAGUAAUGCAUUUG